AUGACUGCAACGACGACCAAGAAUGUGCAAAGUCCGAUUGCACUAAAUCAACGUUCCACUGUCAUUAGGGAUGGCAUUCAACCAUUAGACUACUAUGGCCAUUGGGAUGGAUUGGGCAAGGCAAAGAUGGUCAAUACUGGUUCGUCCGUUAUGAUUACUUUUAGCGAUCGUCCUUUCCGGCAAUUCAUCGUUGGUGGCGUCCUGGGCAACAAGUACAUUUUCGAGCAGCUACACUUCCACUGGGGUAUCGGGGAUGGUUCCGGAUGUGAACAUACGCUAGAGGGUAGCACCUACUCGAUGGAGGCACACGCCGUACAUUACAACGCCAAAUACGGAAGCUUCGCGGAAGCGGUCGACAAACCGGACGGUUUAGCAGUGCUCGGCUUCUUUGUGCAGGCGUAUGGUAGCGACCAUUGCCCAGCGUUCGAUAAGAUCGUGGCCGGAUUGCAGUACAUACGGAGCCCGAACGCACAAACCGAAAUCGAUGCCGAUUGCCUCUCGUGGAUGGGAAUGCAGGAACUCAACCGGCACUACUACACGUACAAAGGUUCACUAACCACACCGCCGUACUUCGAAAGCGUCACUUGGCUGGUGUACAAAACACCAAUAUACGUGUCCACCGGUCAGCUGGAAGCAUUCCGGCAGCUACAGGCUUGUCCAAAGGAUAGUAGCAAAAAGAUCGUGAAUAACUUCCGGGCGGUGCAGGUGCCCGAACAAGUGCCAGAAGUAGUUUUUGUGAGAAACAAUCAUCCCGUGGUGCUUUCGAAGCUGUAA